UGGGAUUUAGAGAGAGAGAGAAAUAGAGAUAGAGAGAAAGAGCUUUAACCGAGGGUGAGCGUGACAGAAAUUUAUAGAGAGCACUAAUCCAAUAGUUCUGUUAGAUUCAAGAGAUGGCCAUGCACCGCGAGUCUUGGGCUUUUGUGUUCGGCCUUAUGGGCAACAUCAUCUCCUUUAUGGUGUUCCUUGCUCCAUUACCAACUUUUUACCAAAUAUACAAGAAGAAAUCCACUGAAGGGUUCCAGUCACUUCCUUAUGUUGUUGCACUGUUCAGUGCAAUGCUUUGGAUUUACUAUGCAUUCGUCAAAAAGGAAGCUGCCCUCCUUCUCAUCACCAUUAACACGUUUGGAAUUGUUGUGGAAUCAAUUUACCUAGCAGUGUUUCUAUUUUAUGCCCCAAAGAAGGCUAGGUUUUCAACCAUCAAGCUUCUUCUCUUGCUGAAUGUGUUUGGGUUCGGAGCCAUGCUUCUAUCAACUCUUUACCUGUCAAAGGGAGCAAAGCGUCUUGCUAUCAUAGGAUGGAUUUGCCUGGUUUUCAACAUAAGUGUUUUUGCUGCACCUCUCUUCAUCAUUAGGCGAGUCAUAAAGACAAGGAGCGUGGAGUACAUGCCAUUUACUUUGUCCAUGUUUUUGACCGUCAAUGCUGUUAUGUGGUUCUUCUAUGGCCUUCUUCUCAGGGAUUAUUACGUUGCUCUUCCAAACACACUUGGGUUUCUGUUCGGCAUAGUUCAGAUGGUGAUGUAUUUGAUAUACAGAAACGCCACGCCGGUGGCACUAGAGGAGCCAGUGAAAGCUCAAGAGUUGAAUGGCCACAUCAUUGACGUUGUGAAAAUGGGCACCGCAGUACCUUCCGACCCGAAUCAUGCAUCUACUCUGAGUGCUGUUAGCAAAGUCUGAAUUCACCAAUGACAAUAUGAACGUGGAGAAAAAAAAAAGAAAUCGGUGACAAAAAAAUUAUAAAAAAAACAAUUAACCUAAACGUUCAAUUACUUUACUGAGUGAGGUCACAUCUCAUCUCACUCAUAUCUAAAAUGCGAGAACAGUACGUAGUCUUUGGUAUAAGUGUUUGGUUUUAUUAAUGUAAAGGUGUGGUUUAAAUUUGCCUGUUCGGGUAGCUGUUAUUGUCGGGUAGUCAUGUAAGCAAAACAAGCUUAGCGCUUGGGCUCUCUUUGGCCCAUAUCACUCUCAUAUUGUACUACUACGUGUAACGUAGUAUAUUCUCUUCUCUAAGUGUAUCCCUCAGUCAAACUCAUUUCAAUUCACUUUUCCCUUUGUAUACGUAAUCAAUGUUCAAGUAAUGAAAAUUAAUUAUUUUAGU